GGAGAAACGCAGAAAUAUAUCUCAGAAUCAGUUUUAAUGUCCUAGAUAUACAUGACGUAACAGUUUGGUGCAGUUUGCCUAGUGGCCAUUUUGUUUUCAAUCGCACGGCUGAUUAAGGUGUCCAUCUGUCCAUUCAGCGUGGCGAGAGAGGCAUACAAGCACGACAAUGGAUUCAAAACGGCAUGAACGCAGUUCCAAGUCGAAUACAGAUUCACCACCAGCUCCACCUUCGCCUCCUAUGUAUAGUGCAAGUUAUACAACAUAUGAUGGGUACAAAAACAGAUUGUCGUCACGUCGUUCACCUUCACCUUUGGACUAUAGAAGCAGUAGAACGUCCCGAAAUGAUUCACCACAGGACAGACGUAGAAGAAGACGCAGUACUUCAAAAUCUCCUCCAUCUAGAUCACAUAAACGAUCUCGAUCUCCUGAUAGAGAUAAAGAUCGAGAUAGAGAUAGAGAUCGAUCGCGGAAAUAUUCUAGAAGAGAUAGAUCCAGAUCUAGAUCAAGAGGAAGAUCGCGUUCCAGAGAUAGAAGACGUAGUCGCAGUCGUAAUAGAAGUAAAGAUAGACAUAGAGGUAGAGAAAGUCGUAGAUACUAUAGAGCACCAUCGUAUGAAUCAGAUGUUACUGAGGAUAAUAUAGAAACAACUGCAUCUCAACCAGUUGUUCCUCCACAAUCUAAUGCUUUUAAGAAUGAUGGUAGCUUUAUGGAAAUGUUUAAAAAAAUGCAGGAACAAAUGCAACCUGCACAAAAAUCGGCGACUUCUGUUUUAGAAGAAAAAACUGUUGUUCCUCCACCUUUAAUAGUAGGAAAGAGGCGAGGAGGUAGAAUUUUAAAAACCGGAAUGGUUGCUAAGCCAAAGACUGAACAAACUGUUGAGCAACCCAAGGAUGCUUGGUCACUUUAUAUGGCUGAAGUGAAAAAGUACAGAGAAGUUUGUUGUCAGGAAGAAGACAACACAAGACCAUUGGUUAAAUAGCUGAUUUUAGAGUUCCAAUCUUUUUCCAUUCUGUUACUUUGUUUUAUCUACAAUGAAUGUACUUUCAAAAGAAGCUGUGUUUCGUUAAUUACAUCAUCGUUGCAUUUAAAUAUAGAAGAAUAGCUAUUAACCAACUUUAGAAAAGACCUCUACAUGCAGUACAAUUAUUUAAAAUUAUGGAAACUUUUAUCGAUACUCUUCAUUAUUUGAUAAAAAAAAACUUCUGUAAAAAUGUAUGCAAAUAUAAAAAAGUGUUUUCUUUUUUGAAUUACUAUAUAGAAUGUACAGUUAAUCAGAAAUUAUAAAUAUAUAGUAUCACGAAUUAUUAAAUAUUUCAACUUAAAGAGCAUUAUUAAUGUAAUAUGAGAAUGAAAACAAGAAUGUAGUGCAGAAGCAAUUAAUGUUUGUGAUAGUGUAUUAUGUGAUGCAAGAGACAAACGGACUAAAGCGAGAGACAAACAUAUAAAGAGUUUGCCUUGUGGGAGAAAGGGAGGGUAACAGUUUGUAGUACUUUCAAUAAAUAUAAUAGAUUAAAUAACUUGUAACUUGUUAAGCAGAAUCAAUAUGGUUAAAUAUACACAACUUGGAAAUGCGACAACACUAGAAACCCCAGCUGAUUUGAAACCAAGCACAGCACCAUAUGACCCAAGAUUUCCAAAUCAGAACCAAACAAGAUAUUGUUACACUAGUUAUUUGGAUUUUCAUCGUUGCAAAAAACGACAUAGUGAAGAGUAUGAGGCAUGUAAAUAUUUUAAAAAAGUAUACACUGCAAUGUGUCCACUUGCUUGGGUAACAAAUUGGGAGGAGCAGAUUGAGAACGGAAAUUUUCCAGGAGAUAUUUAAUACAUUAGAGGCAUCACGUUGUAGUUGCCUCCUAGUAAUAUUGUAUACAUUCUAACAGGACUAUACAAUUUUACCUUUUCCUGUUUGUAAAAUAAUAUUGAAUAAAUUAAUAAUAGUUUAAUUUCUAUAGAGUUCUGUUAAUCAGUAUUGUCUUUGUUUUAUUAUAAUUACUGAACAUAAGUAAAAGUUGCAAGAUAUUUAAAUAUUACAUUAUAUUAUUUAAUAAUUUUACAAUAUUUAUAAUGCAUAAUGUUUUUCCAUGCUAUUAAUCUCAAAUUUAAAAUUAUAAUUUAAUGUAUAUCUUCCUCGUAUAAUUUUAAAUACAUAAAAUAUUAUAAGAUAAUAAUAUUGUAUAAAUG